AUGGGCGACGCAACACUACCCAAAGAACAUCUACUGAUAGCCUUCAUGCACGACUUAACGGCGGAGCAGCUGGAGGAGAUCCGAGCCAAGUUCCCCGAGCUGGAAGUCUCGAGUGUGACGUUGAAGAGGGGGGAGGAUAUACCCAGUGAACUAGCCAGAAAGGCCACCUACAUUGUUACAUUCGCUAAUCUCCCGAAACCCGAGGAUGCUGAGAAUGUUCAAUUCAUCCACUUCCUCUCCGCCGGCCUGAACCAUGUUAUCCAACACCCCAUCUUCAGAGAAACUGCCAUCCCUUUGACAAGCAGCUCCGGGGUGCAUGGGCCCCCGAUCGCCGAGUGGACGGUCAUGAACUGGCUUGUCCACUCACGCCAGUAUGCACCCAUGUAUGAAAAACAGAAGAAACACGAAUGGCGCGAUAGCAGCAGUGGGUACUUCCAGGGGGUGUAUGAUCAAGUUGGGAAACGGGUUGGGAUAUUAGGGUACGGGAGUAUUGGACGACAGAUCGGCCGAGUAUCUAAAGCGCUAGGCAUGACCGUUUACGCAUACACAGCCUCACCAAGACCUACGCCGUCCUCGCGCCAUGACAACGGGUUCAUCGUCCCCGGCACGGGCGACAAAGAAGGCACGGUGCCUGUCUCCUGGCAUCAUGGGACUGACAAAGCUUCCGUCCGUGAAUUCCUCGCUCUCGGUCUCGAUCAUCUGGUUAUCUCGCUUCCGCUCACGCCGCAGACGACGCAUCUGCUCGGCGCGGAGGAAUUUGCGCUCUUGGCGGCUAGUCAGGGAUCGAAGGGGCCGAAGCCGUAUUUGACGAAUAUCUCCCGCGGAAAGGUUCUCGACCAGGAUGCGCUGAUUGCGGCGUUGAAAUCGGGCGAAUUGAGUGGUGCUGCGUUGGAUGUGACGGAUCCUGAACCCCUGCCGGCGGAGCAUCCGUUGUGGGAUGUUCCUAAUGUGCAGAUUAGUCCGCAUGUGAGCUCUCUGGGAGUGGAGUACUUUUCUAGGUCGUUGGAUAUUGCAAAGGAGAAUGUGGGGAGGAUAAAGAGGGGGGAGGAUUUGUUGAAUGCAUAUAAAAGGGGGAAGGGGUAUUGA